UAUUCAUUUUUGUGAUAGUAAAGUGUCCGAUGAUUCGAAGAAUGUUCAGAAAGAAAUUGAUGCUAAAUAAAUUCAUAUUAGAACUGUGAAUGUGAGAAAAUUCAAUUUUAGACGGUCAACGUGAAUGAAUCAUUGAAAUUAUAACUAAAUAUAAAAAGAAGAGAAAUAGAUAUAACGGGACACUUCGGAUGUGUCAUCGUUACGUCAACGAAUUACGGUCACGAAUUGCAGCAAUAAUUUGUGUUGACUUGCAAAGAUUUCUAGCGUGAAGUGAAACAAUAGGUGGCUCCUAGUUUUCUUCCCAAUUUUUAACGCGUGUUGCAGACAUUUUUGUUUAUCCGUAUAUUAUUUGAGUAUCGUAUGUCCAUCCAGAAUCUUAACACAUUUGACCCCUUUGCUGAUGCAAGUAAGGGUGCAGACGAUGAUGUUCAAGACGGACUCGUUCAUAUAAGAAUCCAACAACGGAAUGGUCGUAAGACUCUAACUACCGUACAGGGACUAUCAUCGGAGUAUGACCUAAAGAAAAUCGUACGAGCAUGUAAAAAGGAGUUUGCCUGCAACGGAACUGUAAUAGAGCACCCAGAAUAUGGUGAAGUUCUUCAGCUGCAGGGAGACCAGCGUGAGAACAUCUGCCAGUGGCUUACGAAAGCUGGACUAGCUAAGCCCGAUCAACUCAAAGUACACGGCUUCUAAUGCUUUGUGGCAUUAAUCAAUAUUCUCAGUAGUUUUUGUUACAACACGAAUCAUCAUUGUCCACUUAUCGAAAUCCUAACAAUCGUAAACAAUGUUUUCCAUUCCUAGAUAAAAUGUAUCUGGGCGCGUUUGAUGUCUUUAGAGAAAAAUCGUAAUAGUCGAUGCAAUAUAUUUCUUGGUCUCUACCGUUGAACCUGCUAACCACUUUUGUAAUAGUCGUUUAAAUUUUAUAGUGUCGAAGUUAGAUAUUGCAAGUGAUAUAUUGUGAACACAUUUUGUAAUCAGGAGAUCAAUUUUAUAUUGUGCCUUUCAAAUAAUAACGUUAAUUUUCAGGAUUUUUAUUUUCCCCUAUACUGACCGACUUGUUUUGUUUUGAAUGUAAAUCAAUCGAUAAUAAAUUAAUCCAAUGGUCA